CAAGACCAACAGAAAUUGUGUUGAUCAAAAUAUAGAUAAAAUCCAUCAAAUAUAUUAUCAGUCAGAUAACGGCAGUAUAGUUAUCAUUCGGUUUGUCCAUAAUCUAUGACUUGUUCAGGUAGUUUCCUGUCACUGCCAGCUCUUCCUUGCACAGCUGCUAAACUUUGUGAAAAUGUGUGGGUUCAAAAACAAAACCCACAACAAUUUCACUGAUACAGGGACUAAUAAUUAACAUAUUCUCUCAGAGUCUGACUUUGACCCCUACCUUUCCCACAAUCCUCUGAGAAGGGGUGUCAGUUGGAAUGUAGAUUGCGAAGGAGAAGGUUUGGAGAGAAAGAGAGAACGAGAGCAGGGAGAGGAAUUCACCGGAACCAUGACUGACAUGUUGCCAGUGAUGAGAAUUGGAGUUGUGGGAUAUGGACAUGUAGGUGAACGUGUUGAACUUCCAGGGCAGUACCUUGUGGAGCGGCUCCAGAGAGAAGGGGCCCAGGUGGGCCUGACACUGGUCUUUGUGUGGAACAGAAACACUGACAAACUCAGGGAAUCAGUGGCUGAGGAGCUCAUUCUACACAACCUCCCAGACUUUACAGACAGGGGUGCUGAUGUGAUUGUGGAGGUGUGUCAUCCCAAAAUUGUAAAAGACUUUGGAGUCCAAUUCCUCUCUAAGGCCCAUUUUCUUGUGGGCUCUCCUUCAGCCCUCUCAGACCCACGGCUGAACCAGGAACUGCGCCAGGCUGCAGAGCAUCAUGGGAGGACCCUAUAUGUCCCCAGUGGUGCAUUGUGGGGAGGCCAGGAUAUCCUGAGACUCAAUGAUAGUGGAUCUUUAAAGGCACUGUUCAUCCGGAUGUCCAAGCACCCGUCAUGUUUCCGUCUAACAGGAGACGUGCUGUCUGAUUGGACAGAGGAUGAGGGGAGGCGGGUCUUAUUCAGUGGAUCCGUGGCAGAGCUCUGUCCUGUCGCCCCUAACAACGUCAACACCAUGGCGGCAGCGGCCAUCGCAGCGGGGACCCUGGGUUUCGCUGGCGUCCAGGGGGAGAUUGUGUCGGAUACGGCACUAAGUGAUUACCAUGUGGUGGAGGUGGAGGUUACUGGUGCCAAUGGCUUCACAGUGCAUACAGUGAGGAGGAACCCAGCCAAACUUGGAGCUGUAACUGGGAGUGCCACCUACAACUCUUUCUGGAGCAGCUUACUGGUGUGUAAGGGACAUGGAGGCCGGGUUUACUUGUGCUGAAGAGGGAGCUAUUUCAGAAGACAUUUCCCUCUACCAACCAAACACUCACAACACUAUGGUACUGAAACACACACUACACAACAUUAUGGUACUGAAACACACUACACAACAUUACAGUACUGAAACACACACUACACAACAUUACGGUACUGAAACACACACUACACAACACUACGGUACUGAAACACACACUACACAACAUUACAGUACUGAAACACACACUACACAACACUAUGGUACUGAAACACACUACACAACAUUAUGGUACUGAAAACACACUACACAACAUUACAGUACUGAAACACACUAUGGUACUGAAACACACUACACAACAUUACGGUACUGAAACACACACUACACAACAUUACAGUACUGAAACACACACUACACAACAUUAUGGUACUGAAACACACACUACACAACAUUACAGUACUGAAACACACACUACACAAUGGUACUGAAACACACACUACACAACACUACGGUACUGAAACACACUACACAACAUUAUGGUACUGAAACACACACUACACAACACUAUGGUACUGAAACACACACUACACAACACUAUGGUACUGAAACACACACUACACAACACUACGGUACUGAAACACACACUACACAACAUUACGGUACUGAAACACACACUACACAACAUUACAGUACUGAAACACACACUACACAACAUUACAGUACUGAAACACACACUACACAACAUUACAGUACUGAAACACACACUACACAACACUAUGGUACUGAAACACACACUACACAACAUUAUGGUACUGAAACACACACUACACAACAUUACAGUACUGAAACACACACUACACAACAUUACAGUACUGAAACACACACUACACAACAUUACAGUACUGAAACACACACUACACAACACUAUGGUACUGAAACACACACUACACAACAUUACAGUACUGAAACACACACUACACAACACUAUGGUACUGAAACACACACUACACAACAUUAUGGUACUGAAACACACACUACACAACACUAUGGUACUGAAACACACACUACACAACAUUACAGUACUGAAACACACUACACAACACUACGGUACUGAAACACACUACACAACACUAUGGUACUGAAACACACUACACAACAUUACAGUACUGAAACACACACUACACAACACUACGGUACUGAAACACACACUACACAACACUAUGGUACUGAAACACACUACACAACACUACGGUACUGAAACACACUACACAACAUUACGGUACUGAAACACACUACACAACACUAUGGUGCUGAACAGUCUGCAGUGGCUGUGUCUGCAGUUACUGGUCAUGUGUGAGCAAAGUUCUGCUUGCUUCAUAUAAUAUGGUGUGACUGUAUCAGGAUGUACAAAGAUGGGCUUGCUUCAUAUAAUAUGGUGUGACUGUAUCAGGAUUACAAAGAUGGGCUUGCUUCAUAUAAUAUGGUGUGACUGUAUCAGGAUUACAAAGAUGGGCUUGCUUCAUAUAAUAUGGUGUGACUGUAUCAGGAUGUACAAAGAUGGGCUUGCUUCAUAUAUGGUGUGACUGUAUCAGGAUUAACAAAGAUGGGCUUGCUUCAUAUAACAUGGUGUGACUGUAUCAGGAUUAACAAAGAUGGGCUUGCUUCAUAUAACAUGGUGUGACUGUAUCAGGAUUAACAAAGAUGGGCUUGCUUCAUAUAACAUGGUGUGACUGUAUCAGGAUUAACAAAGAUGGGCUUGCUUCAUAUAAUAUGGUGUGACUAUCAGGAUUAACAAAGAUGGGCUUGCUUCAUAUAAUAUGGUGUGACUAUCAGGAUUAACAAAGAUGGGCUUGCUUCAUAUAAUAUGGUGUGACUGUAUCAGGAUGUACAAAGAUGGGCUUGCUUCAUAUAAUAUGGUGUGACUGUAUCAGGAUUACAAAGAUGGGCUUGCUUCAUAUAAUAUGGUGUGACUGUAUCAGGAUUAACAAAGAUGGGCUUGCUUCAUAUAACAUGGUGUGACUGUAUCAGGAUUAACAAAGAUGGGCUUGCUUCAUAUAACAUGGUGUGACUGUAUCAGGAUUAACAAAGAUGGGCUUGCUUCAUAUAACAUGGUGUGACUGUAUCAGGAUUAACAAAGAUGGGCUUGCUUCAUAUAACAUGGUGUGACUGUAUCAGGAUUAACAAAGAUGGGCUUGCUUCAUAUAACAUGGUGUGACUGUAUCAGGAUUAACAAAGAUGGGCUUGCUUCAUAUAACAUGGUGUGACUGUAUCAGGAUUAACAAAGAUGGGCUUGCUUCAUAUAACAUGGUGUGACUGUAUCAGGAUUAACAAAGAUGGGCUUGCUUCAUAUAACAUGGUGUGACUGUAUCAGGAUGACAAAACCUUCAAGUUUGCAUCUACAAUUCUGGGGAAUCAAAUGUUGCACCUUCAUCCUACUACUGUAUCCCAGCAGCACUUCCCUCCUUUUCUCUACAAAUUAAAACAUGCCUUUGUGAAGUAACAAGUUAAAUGAGCAACUCUCUCAGGGUGAUGGCAGGCACCACAUUCAUUAGCAAUCGUCUAGCAACAACCCACAUAUUUUACAGCUCUUAUGCAGUUACAUCCACUACUGAGCUGCAAUACAUGUUAACAGUAAUGUAUGAGGAUAUUUAUGUAGUGCCUUGGUGUUGACACCACACACACCAUUGUGACCUUAAAACUAGAAGGUUCUAUCUGCAAAAAUAAGGUUCUGAAGCCUAAUUGGUUUGAAUGAAUGAAUUGUAUCUUGUAUUCUUUUGAGGUUAACAUGAAUUGAGUUAUAUAGUACUCUAUGUAGAGAACAUUGUACAGAACAAGGAAUAACCAAAUGUCAAUAACCAAACGUGCAGAUAGAACCUUAUAGUUUCAAGCUCUCACAGUAUUUCCUGUUGUAGUAAAACCCCAACAAAAGAGAGGAGUCCUGUGUUUCAUCAUUAAUACAUAGAAUAGACUUUAUUUUCUCUUCCUCUGGUGUGUGAUUGUAACAAACAAACUGACACAACAGUGUGGGAUCUGGAUCAACUCAUCUUGGUUUCUGGCUGUGCACCGCUGGGAAUAGGAUCCACCCAAACCUGUGACCUUUUCCCUUCGCUCCUCUCUAAUACAG